AUGGAGAAACUAUUCUAUGAUACUUUUGUUGAGGAACGAUACAGAGUUUGGUUUGCGACGCACCAUUUGGACUGCGAGGCUUACAGGUGGUGGGUGGAUAUCUGUGAGGACCCUCGUGUGGAUUUGCCAGCGAUUACCUGGACGAGGUUCAAGGAAUUACUGUUGACAACCUAUUUUCCACAGAGUGCGAAAAGGCAAAUGGAAAGGGAUCUGAGAAACCUGAGGCAGGGGGACAAGACAGUAGCAGAGUAUGAGAGAGAGUUCUCCCGAUUACUGCAUUGUGUCCCUUUUGUGGUUAGAGAUGAUGAGGACAGGGCUCGUAUUUUUGAGGUGGGUUUGCGGCCUGUGAUUUUCAGAUUAGUCCAGGCGUCAAACCUCUCUACUUAUAGGGAAGUGGUGAAUCGGGCCUUGAUUGUUGAGAAAGGGGAGGAAAUUGUGAAAGAAAGAGAUGUUGUGGAUCGAAGUAAAGGAAAGAGGCCAGCAGCUGAGAGUAGUGGUCAGCAAUCCUUUAGGAGACCGUCGAAGUAUCCGAGAGGCUAG